AUGGUUAAAGAGCUCAGCUCGAGUACGGAUGGAGGUUGAUUGAUAAAAGUAGCCUACCAACUCUUGCCGGAAGCAUAUAUUUCCCGGGAAGGACGUAGUCUCCUUUAGUCUUCGACAAAUAUUUAACAAAGCAUGAACAUCUCAGAGAUGUCACACAUUGGAAGUCCUGCAUUAUAGUCGAGUAGCUCACUACGUUGUCCAGCUGGUCAGGCAAGUUAGCAACUGUAAUUGAUUGGGAGUGCUCAGCUAACAAGCCGCGUAGCUUGUAGCCUUAAGAAUCUUUGACUGGUUUGCUGUGUUUUCAGACAAGGUGUAACAGGUUGCUUGUUAGGCUACCUUACAUUCAUAAGACACGUUUUGCUGGAAAAGAAGGAGACACAACUGUGGAGCUCAGAGUGCCUCCCCCGCAGCGUGAAUGAGGGAGCCAUGGCAGACCGCACCCCCCCACUGGAGUCUGGCCAGCUGCUCAGUCCCGAGCUCCCUCUUCUCACCUCCCCCCCGCCCCCAGCAAUGGUCAAUGGAGAGGGCCCCCAGCAGGUAAUCUUAGUGCAGGUAAACCCGGGUGAGGCCUUCACGAUCCAACGAGAAGAUGGUCAGUUUCAGUGUAUCACAGGUCCUGCUCAGGUUCCCAUGAUGUCCCCAAACGGUUCAGUGCCUCCAAUCUAUGUGCCUCCUGGCUACGUUUCACAGAUUAUUGAGGAGAAUGGGGUACGGAGAGUUCUGGUGUUACCUCAGACAGAGUUUCACCCGGGGGGGCACUCUCCCUUGCACCACCCACCCCCUCCACCACCCCAUGCUCAUCUGCCUGCCUUCAUCCCCCCUCCCCAUGCUAUGAUGCCCCCUCCCCAUCACCUGUACUCAGGCAUGGCCGGCAGCGCUGGGGACAUGAACCCUCAGUACAUCUCUCAGUACCACCCAGCCCACAUCUACUCAGAGCCGCUUUCUGCAGAUAAUCACCCCACACACGGGCGGCCAACGUUUGUUCACAGGGACGAGAGAACGAACAAAGCCCACGAGCGUCUGCAGAAGAAGCUCAAAGAGAGACAGGGCGGCCAAGGGGGUGGGCUGGGCCCCACCAAGGACAGCCCCCCUCCCUCGCCGCAGAAGAGCCGCGGGACCCCCCCCGCGGCCGACGUCCAGAACGGGCUGGGGGGUAAAGGGCUGGAAGAACAGGGCCAGAGCAGUACUACAGUGGGUAGUCUGGACAAACCAGGCCCUGGGAAAAGCACAGAGCCUGGAGAGCUUGAUGAAGAGACCAAGGCUCUACAAGAACUGUUGAACAGCAUUUGCAAGCCAGUGGUGACGGACAUUCAGGCGCGGGGGGCCUCUCUGAGCUGGGUGGCGGUGGGAGGACCCGAGGGCGAGGGAGAGGAGGGCGAGAGGAAGGACGGAGAAAAGGCCACGCCGGAGCUUCGCUUUACCUACGAGGUUUCGGUCUCGUACAACGGCAAAGACGGCAAAUAUGCGACAGCGUACGGCGGCGAAGAGCUAAGUGCAACGUUAGACAAUCUCAGACCAGCAACAGAUUACCACGUCAGGGUCCAGGCCCUGUGUAAGUGUUUACAGGGCAGCCCGUCAGAGCCCGCCAGCUUCACUACACUCAGCUGUGAACCAGACACCCCCAGUCCGCCCAGGAAGGCCAGCGGCACCAAGAGCACCCUCGUUCUACAGUGGAAGGCUCCGUGUGACAAUGGUUCAAAAAUCCAAAACUACAUUUUACAGUGGGAUGAGGGGAAAGGAACAGGCGUGUUUGAACAAUGCUAUUAUGGACCUCAGAAGCAGUACAGGGUGACCAAACUCUCACCAGCCUCCAGAUACUCCUUCCGCCUCGCCGCCAAGAACGACAUGGGCACCAGUGAGUUCAGCAAGCCGGUGGAUUUUUUCACGUCCUGCAGCGUGCCCUCACCUCCGGCCUGCCUGGAGCUGGUCAAGGCAGGGGUCACCUGGCUCUGCCUGCAGUGGCAAAGGCCAGCCGGCUCGCCGAAGGAGGACGACAUCGGCUACGUCCUGGAGAUGGAGGAGGAAGGCUCGGGCUAUGGCUUCCAGCCGAGCUACGAUGGAGACGAACUCUCGUGUACAGUAAGGAAUCUUCACAGAAGCACCAAGUACAAAUUCAGGGUGGCAGCCUAUAACACGGAGGGGAAGAGUAACCCCAGUCCAGUGGCCGAGUUUACCACGGCUCCAGACAGACCCGGCUGCCCCGCCAGGCCCACGGUGAAGGGCAAGCCGCACCCUACCAGCUUCAAACUGUCCUGGGAUCCUCCUAAAGACAACGGUGGCUCUGAAGUGACUAAAUACGUCGUGGAGUUUUCUGAAGGCUUGGCGGGGUCGUCUUGGGAGCUUGUAUAUAGCGGCUCAGUCACGGAGUGUGUGUGCGAUGGUUUGAAGCCAGGCGGAUCGUACCAAGCAAGAGUUUAUUGCAUCAGUGAGGGAGGCCAGAGUUCUCUGUCAGAGACCCUGCAGGUCCAGACUCCAGCUGUACCACCUGGUCCCUGUCUACCCCCCAGGGUGGUGGGCAAACCCAAAGCAAGAGAGAUUCAGCUACGCUGGGCUCCUCCUCAGGUGGAUGGAGGCAGCGCAGUGUGUGGCUACAGUGUGGAGAUGUUUGCUCCUCAGUGUGAGGAGGGGAAGGAGGUCUACCAGGGACCUGAGCUGGACUGUACCGUGGGCAGCCUGCUACCGGGUAGAGUCUACGGUUUCCGCCUGCGCGCCGCCAACAAAGCCGGGUGUGGACCCUUCUCAGAACGGACAGAGGUUACCACAGGACCAGGGGCCCCCGAGGCGUGUCGGCCCCCCCACGUCGUCUGUAAAUCCCCGACGUGCGCGGUGGUCAGCUGGGAGGUUCCGCAGUGUAACGGCGCCCAGGUGUCAGAGUACCGGCUGGAGUGGGGGGCGGCAGAGGGCAGCAUGCAGGUGUGUUUCACGGGAGCCGCACUGAGCCACGAGCUGAAGGGUCUGGCCCCAGCCACAAACUACUUCUGCAGGGUCCAGGCAGUGAACGUCGCUGGCGUGGGACCCUUCAGUGAGGUGGUGCUGUGUCAGACGCCCUGCUCAGUGCCUGCUGCAGUCACCAGCGUGCACGCUCUCAGAGAGUCGGAGAUGAGGAUAGAGGAGGUCGCUGCGGAGAGAGGAGAAGACGAAGACGAGGAGGAGGAGGAGGAGGAGGCCGCGCCGCAGCUCUACUCUCCGUCUACCUGCCUGGGUCUCCGCUGGGAGGCUCCCUGUGAUCACGGCUCCGAGAUCACCUCUUACCUGAUCGACCUGGGAGAGAGACAGCCUGUUCUCACCGGCCCCGUCACCAAAUACAUCAUUCAGAACCUGCAGCCUGACACCAGCUACAGGAUAAGGAUCCAGGCCCUGAACAGCUUGGGCGCCGGCCCCUUUAGCCACACCUUUAAGCUGAAGACCAAGCCCCUCCCACCGCUCCCCCCUCGCCUGGAGUGCACCGCCUUCAGCCACCAGACCCUCAGGCUCAAAUGGGGCGACGGCCCGGCCAAGACCGCCUCCUCCGACUCCCUGCAGUACCAGCUCCAGAUGGAGGACAAGAACGGGAGGUUUAUAUGCUUGUAUAAAGGGCCGUGCCACACUCACAAAGUGCAGAGGCUGAACGAGUCUACCUCUUACACGUUCCGCAUCCAGGCCUUCAACGAGGCGGGAGAAGGGCCUUUCUCCGCUGUUUACACGUUCACCACCCCCCGCUCACCCCCCGCCCCGGUCAAAGCUCCGCGCGUGGAGCGUCUGGACGAACACUCCUGUGAAGUCACCUGGGAGGCCCUGGCGCCCAUGAAAGGAGAUCCGAUCAUCUACACCCUGCAGUGUAUGUCAGGAAACUCUGACUUCAAACAGGUGUACAAGGGCUUGGCCACCUCGUACCAGAUGUCGGGCCUUAACUCGAACAGCGAGUACCGUUUCCGCGUGUGCGCCAUCCGGCAGUGCCAGGACGCUCCGGAGCUGAGCGGUCCGUACAGUGCCACUGUCACCCUCCUGCCCCAGCGCAGCGAGAGCGUGGGACCGGCCAGCGGCUCCAGGACGGUGGAGACCCAGCGGCCCGCCCGAAGCCUGACGGACGAACAGUGCGCCGCCCUCAUCCUCAUGCUCUUCGCCGUCAUCUCCAUCCUCAUCGCUUUCGUCAUCCAGUACUUUGUCAUUAAAUGAGGCCCCCCACCCCCCCACCCCACCCAGUGCCGCGAG